CUUGGGGACAACCUGGAGCUAUACCGGGUGGCUUCUCUUCUACUAUAUACCCUCGUUUUUGCCAGUCUCAAGUCAGACGCUCAUUAGCCCCGGAUUAAUCCUCCGACGCCCUUCUACUAACAUGAUAUCUUCAUAAACACACCUCCGCAGCUUCUCCGUGUAAGCUCCAGCUGCUCCCAACAUGUGGCUCGACCGCAUCGCCGGUCACUCGACACCGGAUCGCGGUCCUUCUCCGAUACCCCAGAGAUCAUCCUCAGCCUCUCACCUCUCGCCAAAUCGUCCGAAUAGUCGUCCUGGAAUCAGUCGACCAGGGUCGUCGUUGUCCGCCCUGGUUACUCCUUCUCCGAGCGCCUCGACCACCUCUUUGCCAACAGUCGCACGUGUCCCCGAAGAGUCGACGCUAAAGCAGAAUGCAACUACAAGCCCACGGCCAUCAGAUGUCGCUGAUCCACUCGAUGUGUUGAAUGGAAUCAUCAAGAAGUACAAUGAAGAGUCUCAGGCCGGGAGCUCCGGGCGGGAACUCAGCCCCGUGAAGCCGGCGCUGUUGGUGGAAGAUAUUGACUUCGAAGGCUUGAGCUUGGAGGACUUCAUACAUAAACCUGAGACGAAAACAGCGGUAAAAGGUGGCAUCGGUCCACAGACAAUCCAACAGUUCGAAAAAGAAAGGGACAAAUUCCAGGAAUUGCACUCCGCUAUUUCCGGCUGCGACGAUGUAUCUAAGUCGGUGGAAAUGUACUUGAACGACUUCCAGAAUGAACUAGGUGCGGUUUCGGCAGAGAUUGAGACACUCCAAACGCGGUCAGUUCAGUUGAACGCCAUGCUGGGAAACAGAAGAAAUGUCGAGCAAUUACUUGGCCCCGCGGUAGAAGAGAUCAGUAUCUCUCCAGCCGCUGUACGGAUGAUUGCUGAGGGCGCUAUUGACGAAAACUGGGUCAAGGCUUUGAACGAAUUCGAGACCAGGACCGCCAGUAUAGACGCCAAGACCGCCAGCUCUAGCUCUACCAAAGCGAUUGACGACGUACGGCCUCUUUUGGAGGAUGUGAAGAAGAAGGCCGUGGAGAGAAUCCGAGAUUAUUUGGUCUCCCAAGUCCGCGCUCUACGGUCUCCGAACAUCAAUGCUCAGAUCAUCCAGCAACAGCGCUUGGUCAAAUUUAAAGAUCUAUACAGUUAUGUGUCACGUGCUCAUCCCACUCUGGCGGCGGAGAUUACUCAGGCAUACAUCAAUACUAUGCGCUGGUACUAUCUUUCGCACUUCACCCGCUAUCUUCAGGCAUUAUCGAAGAUCAAACUCUACCCUAGUGACCGGAACGAAGUCUUGGGAGGGGAACCUCACGCCCAAAAAGCUGGUAACAUAGUCCCCGGUAACCGGGGUGGCGCCGCGGCGCACGAUCCCUUCUCCCUAGGAAGAAGGGUUGAUAUCCUACGGACCGGUAACCAGAUGGCCAUCUCUUCAUACCUUGCGGAGGAGGACUCAUCUUUCCACGGCAUCGAAGUCCCCUUCCGCAACUUUAAUCUCGCAUUGCUGGACAAUGUUUCAGCGGAAUAUUCCUUCAUGACUGAGAUGUUCUCGACCUUGUCCUUCCAACAGAUAUCUCGAAAGGCUUCGGAGGUAUUUAGUUCGGUCUUUUCCCUGGGCCAGGGUUUGACUAAGCAGCUCAUCGAAAACACCACCGAUUCACUCGGUGUGCUGAUGUGCGUAAGAUUGAACCAACAAGAAGCAUUCGAGCUUCAACGGCGGAAGGUGCCCAUGGCAGACUCGUAUAUCAACGGAAUCAAUAUGCAACUGUGGCCCCGAUUCCAAGUAAUCAUGGACACCCAUUGCGAGUCGCUAAAAAGGAUUGGCGGGAACACCGGCCGCAGUGCGGUGUCUGCUUUGUCUCUUGCGGGCGGCGACGACCUUAACCAGUCAUCCGCACCGCAUUUCCUGACGCAGCGCUUUGGGCAGCUGCUUCAUGGUAUCCUCGUGCUCAGCAGCGAAGCGGGCGACGAUGAGCCCGUAGCGAAUAGUCUUUCUCGGUUGACCACCGAAUUUGACGGACUCUUGACCAAACUCAGCCGGAUUGGCGGAGAUGCGAAGCGACGGGAGCGGUUCCUCUACAACAACUAUUCAUUGAUCCUGACUAUUAUUAGCGACACGCAAGGCAAGCUAGCAACUGAACAGAAGCAGGUGAAAGGACACCGUAAUUCACUACCCAAUAUCCGGCAUCAAAGAUAUCUUUCAAUGGCCACCCGCGCAGGGUUCUCCGUCCGCGCGAGUUUUCGUCUCCCCCGCCGCCAGUUUUCCACCACCCGCGCGUCCUCCGCAGAUGUCACCCACGCAGUCAUCGGCGGUGGUGUUGUCGGCCUCGCAGUCGCACGCCAAUUAGCCUCGCGCCCGAACACAUCCACGAUCCUCCUCGAGCGGCAUGAUGCCCCGGGGACCGAGACGAGUAGCCGGAACUCGGAGGUAAUUCAUGCCGGCUUGUACUACGGCGCAUCCUCUCGAAAGAGCGAGCUCUGCAUCCGCGGCAAGAACCUCCUCUACGAUCUCUGUUCAAAGAAUGGGAUACCCCACCGGAACACGAAGAAAUGGGUCGUCGCACAGAACGAAGAACAGUGGGAUGCUACGCUGAAGGUCCAUGAGCUUGCGAAACAACUUGGUGUGCCGACUCGUUUGCUUUCGCAGUCUGAAGCGGCGAGCCGUGAGCCGGAGGUUCGCGGGCGCGCAGGGAUACUGGAGAGCGGCUCGACGGGGAUAGUGGAUAGUCAUUCGCUGAUGACAUAUUUACAAGGGGACUUGGAGGACAAAGGUGGGGACUGUGCGUUCCUUACCCAGGUGAUUGGGAUAGAAGCUCUAGAUGGUGGGAAAGGCGGGUAUAAGAUUACAGCACGGUCUGGAGGAGGUGGUGAAGAGGAGACUACUACGUCCAUAGUCGCAGAGACGUUGAUAAACAGCGCGGGGAACUAUGCUUGCAAUAUUAACAACAUGCUUCUCCCCGUUGAACGGCACCGGACGCCACUCUAUGCAAAGGGGACAUACUUCUCCUACGGCGCUUCCUUCCCAACGGGGCCCCCCUCCGUCCUUGUUUACCCCGCGACAAUGCCAGGCCAAGGUGGUCUAGGAACUCAUCUCACCCUCGACAUGGGCGGCCAGGUACGCUUCGGCCCAGAUGUGGAGUGGGUUGAUAGUCCGAAUGAUCUCAAGCCGAGCGCCGAUCGACUGCAACUCGCGAUCCCGGAAAUCCAGGCUUACUUGCCGAAUGUUGACCCCGAAGCGAUCCACUUGGAUUACUGUGGGAUUCGACCGAAGCUGUCCAAAGCGGGAGCAGUGAACACGGGGGCAGGGUUCCAGGACUUCAUUAUCCAGGAGGAGGAAGGAUUCCCCGGGUUUGUGAAUUUGCUAGGCAUUGAGAGCCCGGGGUUGACGAGUUGCUUGAGCAUUGCUGAGGUUGUGGACGGGAUUCUCUAUAAAUGAUUUCUGCAUUGUAUGCGACGCAUGACUUAUGCAUUUUAUUUGACAGCACACUAGAAUAUAUAACACAUUGAUACCAC